UAGUUGUGCUGCUGCGGUCUCUUUAAGCGCGCUGUAACGUGACUCCGGGUUUUUCUCCUCCUCGCAGAAGCAGCUCUGCUCGUCUUGGAUCUGCUGACGUGUCGGCAGCGGCUCCGCGAUCAUGGCUGCACCGAAUCCCUGUUUUUAUUAUGUUUUUAUGCUCGUUCUGUACGCGUGUUUUCCUCAGAGCAGUGCAGACCGGCGCUUCUCGGACCUGAAGCGAUGCGCUGAUGAAGAAUGCAGCAUGCUUCUCUGCAGAGGGAAGGCCGCCAAGGAUUUCACAGGGCCGGACUGCCGGUUUCUCUCUUUUAAGAAAGGAGAGACGAUAUAUGUAUAUUAUAAACUCUCAGGGCAGAGAUCAGACAUGUGGGCUGGUAGUGUUGGAAACCACUUUGGUUAUUUCCCAAAGGACUAUCUUAAUAUAAAUCAUAUAUAUACUGAAAAAGAAUUGGAGGUACCCACAGUGGAAACAGAUUUUGUUUGCUUUGAGACUGGUCUUGAUAAAUUUGAAAGCUAUGACAUAGAUGUGUUAUUAGGCAGCACAUUGUUGCUAGAAAACGAGAAUUCAACAGAAGAAUCAAAAGAACCAACUCAGAAUGAAGAUGCAUCUCAAAUGACAACAACAGAAUCAGUGGAGCCUCUUGAAUCAUACUCAGUAGAUUCAGAAUCAACAUCGAUUCUUGAAUCAGAGUCAGUAGAUUCAGAUUCAGAAUCGCUUCAUGAAUCAGAGUCAGUUGAUUCAGAAUCAACAUCGCUUCUUGAAUCAGAGUCAGUAGAUUCAGAAUCAAAAUCUCUUCAGGAAUCAAAUUCAGAAUCAGAAUCACUUCAUGAAUCAAAGUCAGUCGAUUCAGAAUCAACACCGCUUCUUGAUUCGGAGUCAUUAGAUUUAGAAUCAACAUCGAUUCUUGAAUCGGAGUCAAUAGAUUCAGAAUCAGAAUCACUUCAUGAAUCAAAGUCAGUCGAUUCAGAAUCAACAUCGCUUCUUGAAUCCAAGUCAGUAAAUUCAGAGUUAAAAUCACUUCAUGAAUCAAAGGCAGUCGAUUCUGAAACAAGAUCACUUCUUGAAUCUAAGGCAGAUGAUUCAGAAUCUGUAGAAGCUCCUGAAAUCGAGACAUUUCAAAAAUCUUCUGAAGAAGACUCUGAUGGCUUUCAGCCAAAGACAGAUGUUUCAUCAGAACCAGCGUCUGAAUUUAAAGAUGCACUAACAGAAGAGACGGAAGGUAUUUCAAUAAGCCACGAUGCUGAGGACAUUUCAGAGGAUGCAGAAACAGAACCAUUAGAUCCUGACGCACAAGAUAUUGAUUAUUCUGAGCUUUUGCACAACCAAAGUGACUCUGAUUUUGAGCCACUUGAAACACAAACAGCAGGUUUAGAUGUAGUACAUGAAGAAGCUGCUAAAACAGAGCUAAAUGAUAAAGAUAUACCACUACAAACACCAGAGAAAACACUCGAGGAUGAGGACAGGUCAAGCUUUAAAGAUGCUUUCAAAACACAGCAUGAAGGUGAAACGCAAGAGAAUGAAUCGCUUCAGGAACUCCCCGAAGAUUCGCUUUCAGCUGCUGAUGUUGAAGAACAAGCUGGUCUUGAGGGCACUCAUGCACAAAGUGAUUUUGAAGAACUGGCUGAUGCAGAUGAAGCCAUUGACGUCAAAAUCACAGAAUCUUCUCAUCUGUCUCCAAAUGCUAAAACUGCUUCGGAUAUGAGUCAAAGUGAGUCUGCAAAAGCACCACCAGCAGUAAAUAUAAGUGAAAUCACUAAAGAAAACGAUCAAGAGAAGUUAGACGCCGAAGACCUUCUUCAGAAGGCCAGCAUGAGCAAGAAUGAAAAUGCAAACAUAAACAUUGCAAACAAUCCUCAGGAUGCAGUUACGAAAAAUAGCGAAAAAGUGAGUGAAUCGAUUGGCGAAGAUGAGAAGUUAAAGGAGGAACUUGUUACAGAAAGCCUAGAAACUCUACCUCCAAUUGCCCAAAUGGAUGAACAGAUUGAUAAAGUGAAGAACGAACUCAUGGAUCUACUGAAAAACACACUGGGAUCAGAACAACAAGGUCCUGAAGAGGAAGAGGACGUGGAUGAAGACGCCAAAGAGCUUUUAGAAGACGAAAAUGCUCUUCUUUCUUCUAAAACUCAGCUCACAGAAGACCUACAUGAACCUAAAGAAAACCAACAAGCUGAAGGGGAUCAGUGGGUUGAAUCCCAACAAAGCGCGAACACCACAAAUCGAGAAGAAAACGAUGAAAUUCGUCUUCCUCCCGAGGAGCCUGAAUACAGCGAUAACGUGCUGAGACUCACAAUCUUACGGGAUCACCUGAAGGACGAGGAGAUGGAGCGCAUGCAGAAGUAUUUAUCUCUUAAGAACCUGUUCAGAAUCGAGGCAUCGUUUUUCAACAGAGAUCUACGAUCUGGAGAUGAAGUCAUCGCUGCAGAGCUAUGACUGCAGACGGACACGGAGGAAAUCGAGCGAACGCUGGACCAGAUCAUGGAGGCCUCGGAGAACUCUAUUCUCGACGCCACAGAGGACAUAUUUAAUGAAAGAGACCGGAUAUCUCAGGAACAAGGACAGCAGAAGGAACCGGAAAUGUAUGAUCUCGAAGCUGCCAUCUUCGACGCCUUCCAGGAAAUCGUGUUCGCUUUACGUCAGAAAUAUUCAGCAGCCAGCGACAGCGCAAUGUUGGUCGAGGAAGAACAUCUUGCAUCUGAAACAGAUGAAAAAAUCGACUCUGAAGAGGUGAAGGGUUUGGACAGUAACGUGGAAAUGACCGAUCCACCUGAGAGUCCUGCAAUGCACGAGGAGCAGAACGAAUCUGAAGUCAUUCUGAAUUCUGAAUUAAAUGUGAACAAAGAUCUGUCUCACAGUAAAGACGUGGGUCUCGAGGAGGAUGGGGGCCAUUUCAACAGAAAUAAAGACGCCCAGAUAGGGUUCGAGGACGCCGAGGAGAUUCAGAAGGGGCCUCAUGCUAUUUUAGAGAACCCAGUGGACAUCGGCUUUCACUUUGAAGUGGAUCCAUCUUCAGGUUCACUGGAGUCUCCGAGCGUCUCUGAUUUCCACGACACUGAAGCAAGCAGUGUUUCCUCCAGCUCGUCGACUAAAGAUGAACUUUGGGCUUUGGUGCUUCUCGUCAAAGAAUAUCUUGGAGUUUAUGGAGAAAUUCUGAUCACUGCUCUUCCGGAGGAAUGGCGGCCGGGACCCACGUUCCUCGGCGUCCCCUGGGAGCCGGUGGUGGUUACGGCGGUGGUCGGCACCUUUACAGUACUGAUGUUCUUCUGGAGGACGGUUCUCGCUAUCAAAGGCAGAAGCUAUCAGUUAACUGAAAAGCAGCUUAGAGACAAGAUCCAGCAGCUUCUCCGCGAGAAAUCUGACGCUGCUAACAAGAUCUCAGAACUGAGUGACAUGAUAAAAGAGCGUGAAGAACGGCUGAAAAACUCUGAGAGAUCUCUGAGCUCCAGCCAGCAAGAAAUGAAAGUGCUGAAGAACCGUCACCAGAAGCUCCAGAGCCAGUGGGAGCAGAUGUCUGGGAGCGUUUCACAGCUCAACCAGAAAAUAGCAGACACACAGCAAGAAAAUUCAAAUCUCAGUGAGAAGAUUGCCAAAAUGCACCUGAGAAUCGAGAAAUACCAGAAAACGCUGAAGAGCUAUGACGAGGAGCGUGCAAAGGUCCACGUCCUCAUGGAUGAAGCCAAACUCAGAGAAGAUGCUAUUAGUGCCUUCAAGUGUCAUUUUAUGUGGUUAGAGGAGCUUUAAAGAGGGUUUAAGAGAUAUCUCCUCCGUGAUGCUAAAGACUGGCAGGAGAAGCACAAGAAACUGAGCGAGGAGAUCCGAGUUUACCACAAAUCCCAGAAAGAGCUGGAGGACGCUCUGGUGCACAAGGAGAAUGAGAUCGACGUUUUGUCCAGCUGCAUUGCAGAGCUCAACCGUCUGGGAGCCUGUGAUCCUGCAGAGCUACAGAAAGAUGAUGCUAGAAUGUCUAAUGGAGAAGAUGCUGAGACGAAGAUGGACAGCAUGAGACUGCGAAUCAAACAGAUGAUGGACGUCUCCAGGAUCAAAGUGACUCUCAGCGUUGUUGAAGACGAGAGGAAUCGCUGCAUGGAGAGUCUCCUCGCCGAACAGAGAGCCAGACAGGAGCUGGAGGAGCAAUAUCAGAAGGUCAUGCAUGCCCAGAUGAAUCUGAGCAAUGAGAAAACGCAUCUGGAGAACCAGAUGAAGACCCUGCAGCAGAGGCUGGAGAUCACCACUGAACUCUACCAGCAGAAAGAGAACGCACUGCAGCAGAAGCUGACUCAGGAGGAGCUGGAGAGGCGCGAGAAGGAGUCGAAGCUGUCGGAGGUGGACAGUAAAGCUCUGCUCUCAGAGGAGGAGCUGAGAGCCCUCAAACAGAAGAUCAAGGACAUCGAGGAGGAGAUGCAGCAGAACGAACGCUCUCUGAAAGCGGAGGUGGCAGUCCAGGAGAAGAAAGCCCAUGAGAACUGGCUGAAAGCCCGCGCCUCUGAACGAGCUCUGGUGGAGGAACGAAGAGAGUCGGCCGCACUUCACCAGAAGCUUGUGGAGUACAGAGAUAAAAUAUCAGACCUGGAGCAAAGUCUGUUCAAACUCAACUCUGGACCUCCAGAGCGUUACAUGCCGCCCCAGCGCCGAGGUGAUUUGUACGGGCCGUCUCCUGUGAGUGGGGGGGCUCCCUCUCCUCCUCUCAUGAUAGAGGGUCCCGGACGCCCCCCCUCUGCUCCUGUAGGGCGACGGGGCGAUCCGUUCGGUCCACGACCCCCGUCUGACCCUCACGGACGCUUCUCAGACCUCGGACACCCGCUGCCCUCCAGACCAGAAAUGUUUCCUCCGAUGACUUCUUCUCCCUGUGCACAUGAUGGACCGAUGCAGACGGCACCGGUCAGUGAGACGGCCGAGGCCUCCGAGCAGGUCUCGUCUGAGCCCCUCUCCAAGUCUCAGAGUCAGGGAUCCUUCUUGCCGUCUCCCAUCCGUGAUUCUCCGGUUCCUCCACCAAAGUCGUAUGGACCCCCAGUCAUGCCGCCCAAUGGACCGCCGCUGCCGCCCGUGAUGAUCCGACCUCCCAAUGGCCACCCGCCAGAGCCGCGCUUCAGACCGCCACCCAUGGACUCAUACGGCCCUCCUCCUCCGAUCGGCCCAUUUGGACCCGUACCGCCACCGUUUGGACGAGGCCCACCGCUGGGACCGCUUCCCCCUCCGCCACUCGGACCACGGGACGUCCCUCCAGAAUUCUUCGGCCCUCGCGGCUUCCCCCCUCGCCCCUUCCCUCCCGGACCUCUGCCGCCCCCCGGAGCCAUGAUCCCGCCUCUGUACGGCGGGCGUGGCUUCCCGGGACCCCCUCCACUAAUCCCUCAGCGCUCCAGAGACGGCGAGGGGAACGUCACACCAGCCAACGAGCCGCCAACAGACACGUCCCAUCAGGAUGGCGAACCUUGACAUGAGAACGUGCCGAUUCACCAGCUUGACUGUUGGGUCCUGAUUCUUUUCAAUAUUUAAUCAAAAUCAGGUUUGGGUAGAAAAAACAAACAAACACUUAAUUUUGUUUCAAUAACACAUUUGUGACAGAAAUAAUGAGGGUUUUGAUUUUAUACAUUAGCGAACCUUUCCUAUGGAAAUAGUUUGAUUUAAUAUGCAUUACAUUAUUUUUUUUUCUGGUGGUUGUCAUGUGGUUAAAUUAUAAUCUCUACCACUCGACCCAGUGCUGAUGCAUUAUGGGAUGUCAAGCCGAUAUUUAGGCACGUCGUGAAGCCAUUUCUCAGCCUUUAAUGUGAGAGGACUCUGAAGAGACUUUACAUAUUUUUAUGCCUUUUCACCAUUUUUGAACAACCGUAUUACCGUUCGGCCGCUUCUAGUCUUUUGAUUCGCCAGUUCACGUGAUUAUUCGCCUCGCCUGUGUUUAUUUUAACGUUUGAUUCGUCGUGCAUCUGCUCUUAUGAUUUCUUUUUCCUAGCGGAAAGGCACAUUUGAUGUCAUAUUGACAAAGUAUUUGUACAUUUCUUUCAGCUGCGUAUACAAUAAACUAUUCUCACAAAUCAGACACAAUAGAAACAGAUGAAUGCAUCUGAGCUUUCAUUCAGCCAGCAGGUGUGUAUUAAUGAAUGUUGCGUGACGAUGAAACACGAGUAGAAUUAAUUAUUGACAAAACAAACCGUUUGAAUUGAUUGUUGAUGUUCAUGUAAAUGAAUUAGUCUUAUUUGAUUCACGCAGGAAUGAUUUUACAAGCAAGUGCCACACAUUCAUCGCAAAAGAAUUGCAAUAACCUGUAUUAAAAAAAAAAAAAAAAUACACUCAAUUUCAUUCCCAGAAAACCUGCUCGUGUUUCAUGAACGAGACCCAUGAAUGAUGUUCUCUGAGUUUGUCAUGCAAUGCUUUUGGAAACAAAAUGGAAAAUGCUCCAAUACUCAAAAUCCAUAGGUUUUUUCUUUUUUUUUUUUUUUGCAUAUACUGUUUUGUUUGAUAGAGUAAAUUAUUUUAGGAAGUGUGUUGAGAGGAUGUAUCCUGUGCGCAGUAAGAGGGAAGAAAUGGUUUUAAAAAUAUGCGGCAUUGAUUUGACGGGAAUGAAUGAGUUGAAUAAAGCUGCUUUUUUCCUG